UCGAUUGUUGGUGUUUGUUUUAAUUCCAAACCAGUCCUUCUCUUCUCUUCCUUCCUUCCUUCGGCUUCCUUCGUUCUUCGUUCUUCGUUCUUCUUCUUCGCCCAAACCCUCGUUUCCAAUCUUCCUUCACUCUCUGCAAUCACAAUUUCUUCGAACGAAUCUCCAGCUCAGCUAUUUCACGCUCACAAAAACCCUACAAUUUUCAUUCAACUACGAGACGAACCCACUACUCUCUCAACCAACAGAUUUCUUUUCUUUUCUUUCUUUUCUUUAUUUUUUUCCUCUUUCAUUUUCUUUUUCACAUGGCGACCAAUUUCCUGAUUAAGAUCUGAGUCCCCUUUGAUUCUUUGACUUCGACCACGCGGAUGGGUGCUACUGGCUCUAAGCUCGAGAAGGCUCUCGGUGACCAGUUCCCUGAAGGCGAGCGCUACUUCGGCCUUGAAAAUUUUGGCAAUACUUGUUACUGUAAUAGCGUCUUGCAGUUGUCUUCGGAAUCCACGCUCAUAUUUGUAGUAUUGGGAUUUGGGCGACGAAUUGAAACGGUGAUUCCUUGGUUUGAUGCACUGUAUUUUUGUGUUCCUUUUCGUGAGCAAUUGCUAGAUUAUUACUCAAACAGCAAAAGUAUUGGAGAUGCAGAGGAAAACCUCUUAACAUGCUUAGCAGAUUUGUUCACCCAGAUUAGUUCCCAAAAGAAAAAAACUGGUGUAAUUGCUCCAAAGCGCUUUGUUCAGAGAUUGAAAAAACAGAAUGAGAUAUUCCGUAGUUAUAUGCACCAAGAUGCUCAUGAAUUUUUGAACUUUUUGCUCAACGAACUUGUUGACAUACUGGAGAAAGAGGCACAUGCUAUUAAAAGUGAUGCAGAAAGUUCAUCACCAUCUGAAAAAAUUUCAAAUGGUCCCAAGACUGGUCAGGCAAAUGGUGCUCAAAAAGAGCCGUUGGUGACUUGGGUCCAUAAAAAUUUUCAGGGUUUACUAACUAAUGAGACAAGGUGUUUGCGGUGCGAGACAGUUACAGCAAGGGACGAAACUUUUCUGGACUUGAGUCUUGAUAUUGAACAGAAUAGCUCAAUAACUAGCUGUUUAAAAAAUUUCAGUUCCACCGAGACAUUGAAUGCGGAGGACAAGUUUUUCUGCGACAAGUGCUGCAGUUUGCAAGAAGCACAGAAGAGGAUGAAGAUUAAGAAACCACCUCAUAUCCUUGUCAUUCAUCUGAAGCGGUUUAAAUAUAUCGAGCAGCUUGGCCGCUAUAAAAAGCUGUUAUACAGAGUUGUUUUCCCUCUUGAGCUGAAGCUUAGCAACACGAUGGAGGAUGCGGAUUCUGAGUACUCUUUGUUUGCUGUUGUGGUUCAUGUUGGAAGUGGACCCAACCACGGACACUAUGUUAGUCUUGUGAAAAGCCAUAACCACUGGUUAUUUUUUGACGACGAAAAUGUGGAAAUGAUUGAUGAGUCUGUUGUGCAGACAUUCUUUGGAUCUGCACAGGAAUAUUCUAGUAAUACUGAUCAUGGCUACAUCUUAUUCUACGAGAGCAUUGGUACUGGCAACAAGAGCUGAUAAUUGGAGAAUUCCCAUAUCAUCAGCCGUCGGGUAAUUUAAAAUUCGACUCUUGCUUUUUUGGGUUCGCAUGUUUAUUAAUGUUAUUAUUACUUUUCUUUUAUCUUUUUCUUUUUUCCUUUUUAUAACACCAUUGGGAAGAGCUGUGAAAUAUUAUUGAUGUUAUGGACUGAAAAAAUGUAUACAUGUUCGGUUGCCAGUUUGGCAUAUAUAGUGUACGGCGGCAGCUUUUCUUUUCCCCUUUCAAUAAGUGAAAAGAGAGCAAUGUAUGAUGUUUAUGAA